AUGACAAUGGCUGAAAGUGAUGCUGAAGAUACGCCAAGAAGUUUGGAUGUACCAUUUGCUAAUCGGUAGGUGACAUUUUGGGGAGAAGAGAGGGGGUUAAAUUUUGGGACACGUAAAUUUUUCACACGUGGAUUAUCGAAUGUUUCAUCAACUUUCUAGGACAUUAGGUCAACAUAAGUCAAUUGACAUAAGUUUUAUAAAAACCUUAACACAUAUCCUAAAACCUGCCCUCAAUUCUGAGCCAAAUUUUCUUUUGAAAAACUUGUACCACGUGGAUUUUUACUAUCGGGAUGAAAAUUAGUCCAUGCAGAAAAGAAAUCAAAACAUUUUGAACUUUCAAGUCAAGCUCGAAAAUAAAGCUUAAAUUUCAUGUUUUGCUUCCAAAAUCCUAUUUUUCUGAAAUUUCUUAUUUUUCAUAUUUUCGUUCUCAAAAAAAAUCAGAAAAUUUGACACGCCAAUAAAGUUUCUUGUUGUUUUUCAGUUGUUUUUUUUCCGCUACCCAAAAAAUAUUCAAUUAGGAUUUGUUGUGUUUUUUUCGGGUUCCCAGAAAAACAACUUUGAUUUGUCUCCCGAAUUUGAAAUUUUUCCUAAAAAAAUCCCAGAAAUAAAUUUUGGAAAGUGCAUACAAGUGACAUCAUUUUUGUUUUACAAACCACAAAAUAAAGUUAAUUAUUUAUUUGAAAACACUUCCUUUUUGCAUCGAAGUUAGGCUAAGUUAGGGUAAUUUUCGGGGUGAAAAUCUAGGCUAACAUAACACACAGAAUCUAAAAAUCACCUGCCCUUUUUUGCUUCCUACGCACUUCUUUUCCAAACAUUUUUUCUUAUUUUUUUUUUUUUGGAAAAAAAAUCUGUUUAUAAUUUUCAAGUUUUUCUAAGUCCUGAAAAUCCCCUUUUGGAAAAAUAUAUACAAAAGAAAGAUUCAAAUAAACUUUUUAUUUUGAAAAAAAAUGGAUGGAAUUUGGUGAGUUGAAAAAAUAGUUUUGGUCCUGAAUAAUUAUUAAUUUUUUCCAGCAAAACCCUUCGUUCCUCAAUAAUAAAACACGGUGGUCGAACUGCAAAAAGUCCAGCUUCAUCACGAAAAACUGUCUCAUUUUCAUCGAAAAACAAUGAGACGACGAAAAUUUCGAAUGUGAAUGAUUGCUGGAUUUUCAUGCAAAAUGGAAGUGAAUUCGUCAAACUUCGUGGAACAAAUCGACAAUUUCGAAGGUUUUUUAGUUUGGACGCGGAUUUGGCAAAUAUUCGAUGGACUCCGACAAAUAAGAAACCACAUAAAGCAAGAAUUGCAAUUGAGGAUAUUAGAGAAAUUCGAAUCGGAAAAAAUACAGAUGUUUUGAGAAGUUCUGAUGAUGCGUUGAGUGAUUUGCAGGUGAGGAUUGGAAUUUAAAAGUUCGAAAAAAGUAGACAUGUUUUAGUUUGGUGUUCAAUCUUACGUUUUUUUUAGUUGAAGCAUGAAAUUCUCAUUUUUUUCAAACUUUCUUCUCAAAUAGAAGAUCCCCUGUUUGAAUCACCGCUCACGUACAGUAGACUAAAAAUGACGAUUUUAUUUUUCAAAUAGAUUCCAAAUUUUUGCGAAGUCUACUGUAGCCUUGGUUUUGUAGGCCAUUUCGGUUCUGUUCCAAGGUUUUUAUUUUUUUAAUUCUCAAUUUUCCAGGACGAAUGUCUGUUCUCAAUAAUCUACGGUGAAGAAUACGAUACUUUGGAUUUGAUAGCUGCAACAGGAGAUGAUGCAAAUAUUUGGAUAACUGGACUAAUGGCAUUGACUUCUAAUAAGUGUUAGUUUUUAAUGGCGCAUUUCAAAAAGUUGUAUUCCAAAAAUCGAUAAUUUAUUUCAGAUGAUUGCAAUAAGCCAUCAUCAUCUCAAUGGGCAACACUUCGAGAAAGAUGGAUCGAAUCAAUUUUUGACGAAUUCGAUACUUUGAAACAAAAUUGGAUUGAUGAAAAAGUGGCAUUUAAUGCGAUUCGACAUAUAAAUCCACGUCUUUCUCAUCAUCGAAUCAAAAAUCGAUUGAAAGAAGUCACAGUUGGAGCAGAAGAAUCGGAAAGAGGAAAAAUUAUGAAAAAUGAAUUUGUUGAAUUAUAUAAAGAAAUUGGAACAAGGCCGGAAGUUUAUUUUUUGAUGGUUCGAUAUGCGAAUAAGGAUUAUUUAUCGUGUCAAGAUUUGAGAUUGUUUUUGGAAACUGAACAAGGGGUUAGUUUAAGAAGCUAAAAUAUACAGUGCCUAUAAGAUCCCAAUAAAAAUAAUCUUGAUUUCCCAAAAUUUCAAACGUGACCUAUUUUCCCUAAUUUUUUCGUUCAAAUUUCAUUAUUUUCAAAUUAUUCAUUUCUCAAUUUUCCAACAAUCAAAAAUGUCCGGAAUUUCAAAAAGUAUGUAUGAGACAAAUCCAAUUCCAAAAAUCAAUCAAUAUUUUUGUAGAUGAUUGGAGUAACAACAGAUCAUUGUGAGCGACUAAUCGAACAAUAUGAACCAUCUCCAGAAGCAAAAGACAAUUCAUUGAUGACAGUCGAUGGUUUCACUGCUUUUCUUUUCUCACAUGAUUGCACAGUAUUUGAUCCGAAUCAUCGAUUUGUUACAAUGGAUAUGAAACAGCCAUUUUCAAGAUAUUUUAUAUCGUGUUCGCAGAAAACAUAUUUGGUUGAAGAUCAACAAGGACCAGCAUCACCUGAUGGAUUUUCAUCGGCGCUCAAACGGAAUUGUCGACUUAUUGAAAGUUAGUUGAUUGUUUUUUUUCUCAAAAAUAUAUAUUCAAAUCUGUAUUUUUGCAGUGGAUAUUUGGGAUCCGAAGGAAAAUGAAGGCGAAAAAGAGCCGAUGGUUCAAAAUGGUCCAAUUGCAAACAGUAAAUUGCCAAUUUCGCAGGCUUUGAAAAUAAUUCGAGAAUGUGCAUUUGAAAGAAGUCGAUAUCCACUUCUUCUACAUUUAUCUGUUCAUUGCACAAUUGAUUGGCAAAAAGUGGCGGCGAAAUUGAUUGUUACACAUUUGGGAACCAAGGUAAAAAUAAUAAUUUGAUAUUAGAAAUCCGUGUGGUCAUGAAAAAUUUAAAAUUUCCUCCAAUUUUGCAGCUUUAUCUUCCAACAUCGGAUCCAACAAAUUGGUCAGAUGAAAAAAAUAUUCCAAGUCCAUGGGAUUUCCAAAAUCGAAUUCUAAUUAUUGGCAAAAAACUGGAAAAUCCAGAAUUGGAAAGUGGCGAAGUUUCAGAAGAAGAUGAUGGAGUUGCACAAUCUUCGAAAAGAAAAGGAAGAAAAAUUCGACUAACAAAAGAAUUAUCAGAUUUGGUUCCACCAUUUUUCAAUAUAAAAAUAUUGAAUGAUUUAAUGGCAACAGCUCCUGGUUCACAAACAAUGUCGGCGAGAAAAAAUGUGGCAUCGGUUAGCGAAUCAACGUGUCUCAGAUUAAUGCAUACUUAUGCAUCGGAAUUUGGACAAGCGACAAGAGAUUUUUGUGUUCGAGUUUCGCCGAAUGCUUCAAGAAUUGAUUCGUCGAAUUUGAAUCCGCAAGAAUUUUGGAAUAAUGGAGUUCAGAUGGUUUGUUUGAAUUAUCAAACACCUGGAUUAAUGAUGGAUUUGCAAGUUAGUGAAAAAAAGCAAGAAAAAAUAGAGAGAGGAAUUUUGAAAAGUUUCAGCGCCAAAAAUUACAUUUUAAAUGUUUUUCUUGAUUUUUCGACACAGUAGUUUUUUGCUUUCAAGAUUUCUUAAUCACUGUAGAUUGCUCAAGAAGCUGUUCCAAAAAUCUUGUAAUUUGUUGAGAAUUCAAAAAAUUUGAAAUUUUUGGGGCAGAAAUUUAUCAACUUCAUAAUUUUUUGAGAUUCAUCAGUAAUCAAAUUCGGGAUCUAAUUUUCCUGUAAUUUAAAAUAUUCUGAAGGUUACUGUAGAUUUAUUUGGCAAAAUUUUCUCCCAGAAGUUCAAUCAAUAAUCCCAUUUGUUUCCACAGGAAGGAAAAUUCUCUGAAAAUGGCGGUUGUGGUUAUGUUUUGAAACCAGCAAUAAUGCAAGAUGAAAUAUUUGUCCCCGGCGACAAACUUCCAGCUGCUCCACAAAUUCUUCAUCUUCGAAUACUUUCUGGUCAACAAUUGCCACGUCCACGUGGAUCAAAUGCAAAAGGAGAUUCGGCUGAUCCAUUUGUUGUUGUUGAAAUAUUUGGAUUACCUGGUGAUUGUGCUGAAGAAAGGACAAGAACAAUAAGAAAUGAUAGUUAGUUUUGAUUUUCGGGGGGAAAAAGGAAAACUUUGACUUUUUUUUCGAUAAUUUGGUUAUUUUUGUUUUUCUCACUUUUUAUUGGAGGAAAAUCAGCUGAUUUCGAAAUAAAAAUGGAAAAUCUAAUAAGUGUUUUUCCUGACAAUGAGAAAAGUACGAAAUUUUACGAAAAACAAGGAAAUGAUAGAGGUAUACUGUAGCACUAUUUCAGCUGUGUUUUCAACUUUUUUCAAUCUUUAUAAACAUAUUUUCCUUUUUUUUCAGGCACAAAUCCAUCAUUCGACGAAUCAUUUCAAUUUCAAGUUUGUGUUCCUGAAUUGGCACUUGUUCGUUUUCUUGUUUUAGACGAUGAUUAUAUUGGUGAUGAUUUUAUUGGACAAUACACAAUUCCAUUUGAUUGUUUACAACCGGGUUAUCGACAUAUUUAUCUAUUGAAUAAUGAAGGAGAUCCAUUGGAAAAUGCAACGCUUUUUGUUCAUGUUGCAAUUACAAAUCGAAGAGGUGGAGGGGUUAGUUUGAACAAAAACUUCGAUAUUUCUGACAAACUCUGCUCAAUUUUUUCAUCGAAAAAUCUCUUUCUAAAAAAGUCUGUGCCUUGUUAAGGCAUUUUUAACUUCAAAAAUUUAAAGGCUUAUCCAAAAAAGCAUCUUCCAAAUGUUUUUCCUGAAACCCCGCCCACUUUUAUUUGUCUUCUAAUCAAAUUCCCCCAAUUUUCUUUGCUAUUUCAGAAAGCGAAAAAGCGUGGAAUGUCAGUAAAGCGAAAAAAUUCGCGAAUUUCAUCCGGAAUGAAAUUGGUUGGCAUCAAAUUCGUCGAUGAUCAAUUCAAAGUGGCAGUUGCACCAUUGGGAGAAUCAAUUGCAAUGAGAAAUCGAUUAGAAUCAUCAAUGAUUGAUUGGCAAGAAGAAUGUGGAUUAAGUCCGGCUGGAACUAUUCGACAAGGUAUUCGAUUGAUACAUUCGAGAAUGAUUACGUUGGCUGUUAAUGGUGAGAAGAUAAAUGAACACAUAUUUGGGAAGGGGGGGGGUUGUAUAUUCAAGUUUCGCGCUUAUUUUUUUAGGGCGGGGUUUGCAAAAAUUCGAAUUUUCAAUUGAACUUUUGAAGUCGAGAAAUCCAGAAAAUUUGAACUUCCCUUUUUCAACUCACAAUCAAAAUAGGAAUUUUUGGAACUUUUUGGCACAAUUUUCUACAGUAACCGGGAAUCUAAAUUUUUUGGAAAAAUGUCAGAAUUUUCUAGAUGGAAAUUUUGAGUGGAAAAUUAUUGGAUUUGAAUUUGAAAAUUUGGAAAAAAUUUUGGUUGCUAAAAAUUUUUGAAAUUCCUUCAUCUCUCCAAUUUUUUUGACCUCCUUAAAUCUUCCAGGAUAUCCAAAACGUCAUCGAUGGUCAAUUCCAAUAGUGCCAUAUUUUAGUAAUUUUUAGACGCCCCUUUAGUUGUUUUCCAUCUUAACCAACUCUUCUUUCUCCCCCUCCCCUUUUAAAAUAUCUAUCUGAAAUUUUCCAAUUUCAGCCUCGCCUCCACCUUCGCCAUCGUCGAAUUUGGAAAACGGAAAAAAUUCGGAUGCACCGUCUUUUAUUAUUGAUAGUGAUGAACAUGGGGUAAGAGAUUUUAAUUCACAAUCGUCAGAAUUUGAAAAAAAAAAGUAUUUUUCUAGUUCCCACUUAUUUUGACUGGUGGAAAUUUGCCGGAACAAUUGCAAAGAACAUUCCAAAAAUUGAAAGUUUUGAUUCAACAUUGUGUUACAACUUUGUCGCAAGCGGAUUAUUUAUUGACUAAGGUUGGUUUGAAUUUGAAGGGGCCGGAUUUGGCAGAUUUUGAAUCGGACCAUAGGAAUCGGGCCAGGUCUGAUUUUGAGGGUUUUUUGAAUCUGGACCGAUUCCUAUUGAAAAAUGUUUACCAUGGUCCGAUUCAAAAUUAGCCGAUUCAGAAAUACCUGAUUUUCAGGAUUUCUGAAUCGGAGAAACAUUCUGAAUCGAAAUUUCGGAGCUGCCCCCAGAAAUUUGCAAUUUCAGACAUAUAUUUUCAGAUCGAAGAUUCGAUUCGAAAAAUCUCGGAAUGUCACGAAGAAUUAACCAAACUCUGUUCUGAAGCUGGUCUAAAAGGUCAAAAAGCAACAAGAGCUGCUGAAAAUUUCACAUGGAACUUGAGACUUCUCAAAGCACAAUUGAAUUUGAUGAAUAAAAGUCAAGAAGAAGCGCAAGAUGUUGUAACUCAAGUAUUUGAUACUGGAGGUGUUUUGGGAAUUUUGUCCGAAAAAUUGAUGUCAAGAAGAAAUGGAAGGAGAUUUUCGAGAGUUGUUGCUGAUCCAUUGAAAGAUUCGGUUUUGUAA